AUAUAGGUAUAUCUGUAAUUAAUAUAAACGUUUCUGCUUUUCGGGUUGUCAAUUUUUUACAUCUGUCACUUUAUUCAGUUAUCAAUAAAUAAAAAACAAUUAUUCCGUUUUCAUAAAUAAAAUAAAAUAAUGGCUGAUUCAAAGUAUGCUGAUCUACCAGGAAUUGCCUACAAUCAAGUAGACGUUUAUGAGACCACAGAUUUACCUGAGUCUGAGCAGUAUCCUAAUGACAAUGAGGAUGAAACAGAAUCAAUUGAAAAAUUGCAUAUUAGUGCCAGUGAAGCUUUCAAUAAAUUUAAAGGAAAACAAGUUGUCACUAAAGGUGUAGAUUUUUCUGACAGGAUUUCACGUAAACCAAGAACUGGAUACAAUGCAGUAUUUGGAGUAUGGGAACUUCCUGGUGAAGGAGAACAAGAGACACCAAUACAAAAGUAUCAACGACUUCAAUGUGAGAUAAAAGAUCUUUAUGAUGAAGUAAAUCAACUCAAGGAAAAUGCUAAAGAAGAAGAGGAAAUUAAAAAUACAGCUGAUAUUUUAGUCCAAGUUGAAGAUAUAGGAAAGCAAUUAAGUAUUUUGAGAGUUGAUGAGUGCCUAGGAACUGAUUUAGUUUCAACUCUGACUGAUCCUCAAGGAACAAGGCUCAAACAACUAGAACUACAAAUAGAACAGUUUAAAAACGUAGGUACCAUUGAUAAGCCUGGAGAAAAAGGUCUAGGACAAGGUGACUCUGUACCACCGACCGGGACAUUGAAGUACGAGAUGGUUUAUUUACCUGAAAGAUCUCGUAUGCAGGAGACAGCAAGAGUCGCGCAGCUGGAGCAUCGAUUAGCACGGCUGGAAGGAGUUGUUGGUACCAGUGAUGACAAGCUAGCCAAAUUUACCCAGAAUCUAAAAUCACAGGGGGUUAUUGAAGCCGUGCAACAGCUUGCUGCUAAAUCUGCGCUGCUUGACAGCACCCAGGUCGAAGCUAUGGAAGGCAGAAUAGCGACUCUGAGCCACAGACUGGACACAGUGGCCCAGAAAAAGUCAGCAUUGUCAGCAGACAGUGAACGAGACCAGAAAAUAGCUGAAAUGUACGACAUCAUGCAGAAGACAGAGCCACUUGCUCAAGUUCUACCAGAAACCAUCGAAAGAAUGAUUGCUCUUAAUGCGAUCCAUCGUCGAGCUGCUGAGUUCAGUAAAUCACUAGCCCAACUGGAAGAGCUUCAGUCCCAAAUUACAGGGACUCUGGAGAGCAAUAAAUCUGUACUGAAAGGAAUUCAAGAAAGUUUCGCAAUUAACAUGGAAGUGAUACGGAAAAAUAUCGCCCAUCUAGAGGAACGUUUGAGCAAAUUAAAAAAAUGAAUAAUUGAAUAUUAAUACUGCUAUUUAAAUUUUUUUAUGACUAAUUUUUCUUAUUGAUAAAAUAUUUAGUGUAAAUACUUAAUCUCAUCUAAAAUUGUUCACGCUUAUGUAUUAAAAAAAAAUUGGAAUAUGUUGCACAUGGAUAUUAAUUAAUUAAUAAACAAUUAAAAUAUA